UUGGCUAGGUGCAAGGCCGCGCAACCCGCGCGGGGCGGCAGCGGCGAUGCCGGACCCCGCGGCGCACCUGCCCUUCUUCUACGGCAGCAUCUCGCGCGCUGAGGCCGAGGAUCACCUGAAACUGGCGGGCAUGGCCGACGGGCUUUUCCUGCUGCGCCAGUGCCUGCGCUCGCUGGGCGGCUACGUGCUGUCGCUCGUGCACGACGUGCGCUUCCACCACUUCCCCAUUGAGCGGCAGCUCAACGGCACUUACGCCAUUGCGGGCGGCAAGGCACACUGCGGCCCCGCGGAGCUUUGCGAGUUCUACUCGCGCGACCCCGACGGGCUGCCCUGCAACCUGCGUAAGCCGUGCAACCGGCCAUCCGGCCUAGAGCCGCAGCCCGGCGUCUUCGACAACCUGCGCGACGCCAUGGUACGCGACUACGUGCGCCAGACGUGGAAGCUGGAGGGUGAAGCGCUGGAACAGGCUAUCAUCAGCCAGGCCCCCCAGGUGGAAAAGCUCAUUGCCACGACCGCCCACGAGCGGAUGCCCUGGUACCACAGCAGCCUGACGCGUGAGGAGGCUGAGCGCAAGCUCUACUCGGGGUCGCAGACUGACGGCAAGUUCCUGCUGAGGCCCCGGAAGGAGCAGGGCACAUACGCACUGUCCCUCAUCUAUGGGAAGACUGUGUACCACUACCUCAUCAGCCAGGACAAGGCGGGCAAGUACUGCAUUCCUGAAGGGACCAAGUUUGACACGCUUUGGCAGCUAGUGGAGUACCUGAAGCUGAAGGCUGAUGGGCUCAUCUACUGCCUGAAGGAGGCCUGUCCCAACAAUAGCGCCACCUCAGAGGCUGCUGCUCCCACGCUCCCAGCACACCCCUCCACCUUAACCCACCCUCAGAGACGGGUCGACACCCUCAACUCAGAUGGAUACACACCUGAACCAGCGCGCCUAGCGUCUUCAGACAAACAGCGGCCGAUGCCCAUGGACACGAGUGUGUAUGAGAGCCCCUACAGUGACCCCGAGGAACUCAAGGACAAGAAACUCUUCCUGAAGCGUGAGAACCUUCUCGUAGCUGACAUUGAACUUGGCUGUGGCAAUUUUGGCUCAGUGCGCCAGGGCGUCUACCGCAUGCGCAAGAAGCAGAUCGACGUGGCCAUCAAGGUGCUGAAGCAGGGCACGGAGAAGACGGACAAGGACGAGAUGAUGCGAGAGGCACAGAUCAUGCACCAGCUGGACAACCCGUACAUUGUGCGGCUCAUUGGCGUCUGCCAGGCUGAGGCCCUCAUGCUGGUCAUGGAGAUGGCAGGCGGAGGGCCCCUGCACAAGUUCCUGGUUGGCAAGAAGGAGGAGAUCCCUGUCAGCAAUGUGGCCGAGCUGCUGCACCAGGUGUCCAUGGGAAUGAAGUACCUGGAGGAGAAGAACUUUGUGCACCGUGACCUGGCUGCCCGCAAUGUUCUGCUGGUCAACCGGCACUAUGCCAAGAUCAGCGACUUUGGCCUCUCCAAGGCUCUGGGUGCUGACGACAGUUACUAUACUGCCCGCUCAGCAGGAAAGUGGCCGCUCAAGUGGUACGCGCCCGAGUGCAUCAACUUCCGCAAGUUCUCCAGCCGCAGUGACGUCUGGAGCUACGGAGUCACCAUGUGGGAGGCCUUGUCCUAUGGCCAGAAGCCCUACAAGAAGAUGAAGGGUCCUGAGGUCAUGAGCUUUAUCGACCAAGGCAAGCGGAUGGAGUGCCCACCGGAGUGUCCGCCUGAAUUGUACUCACUCAUGACUGACUGCUGGACCUACAAGUGGGAGGAUCGCCCAGACUUCCAGACCGUGGAGCAGCGCAUGCGGGCCUGUUACUACGGCUUGGCAAGCAAGGCUGAGGGCCUCCCGGGGUGCGCACAGGGAGCCGAGGCUGCAUGUGGCUGAGCCCUGGCUGCUCAGAGACUGUGGACCCCACUCCUGCUUUUCAUCUUCUGCCCUUGAGUUAGGUGGAGGUCAGCUCAGUGCUUUUCCUACCAACUGGGCUGUGGCUGUUGAGUCUGAGGCCUCAUUCCCUGCCUGUCCCCUCUCUGCCUGGGGAACAAUGGGGGGUCCUGAGAGGGCCAGGCUGAAGGGGGAAGACCCUGGGAAUUCUCAGAUGGCAAGAAGUACAUCCUUGGAAUAAACUCAGCU